AUGUGGACAUUAUGGCAUUACUUUUUGCCUAGCAAUAAAGUACCAGACAAGAAAAUCACAGACCCAGAUUGCUUAAACGCUGCAGUUUUGUUCUACGACGAAAAUGCACAGCUUGUACGCGUGACAGUGAAAGAUUCCUUGGACAAUCUGAGAAUGGGAUAUGAUUUUGAAAGAAUUGAUCUUCCAUGGCUGGAUUACAGGCCACCCCCGCAGACUGCAAGAGCCAGAGUGAUUAAAACUACUUCUGAUGCACCAUUGGCAAGCACCGUAUUCCCUGUCAUCUUGGACAAAAUUAUCCGAGUUCAGGUUCCUAAAGCGAAGAAGGGUAAAGCUGAUGAACUGCUGGUGCUUGAAAACAUUGAAGUUGACACUACAAAAUUCCUUAAGGUUGAUGUGUUUGUGAAUGAUGAAGAUGAUAACAUUAAUGAAUUGGACAAGGCUUCUUAUGCAGGAACCUAUGCGCAAGUGCCGCAUAAAACUAAUAAGACGCCGAACAAGACUUCUAUCAGGUUGAAACCCACUGAUCUUUACGACGACAUGGAAAUUGAUGACGAUGAAACAAUUCUGGUGACAUUGGUGCCAAGACAUCAAGGGGGUGGUAUUACCAUUGGUGGUAUCAAGAUCGUUGAAGCAACAAGUUGA